UUCCUCAUUCAAUUUCACCCUCUUUCUCUCGUGCUCUUCAAAGCUUGUUUUUGGUAAUAAUCGACUUAUCUUCCAUUGUUUUCUUCUACUUUAUCCUUGUAUUUCACUUCAACCUUCUCUCCUUUAAACGCAUAAUAUACAGUUGAAAUAAACCUACUUAUCUUCGGUUCAAUGAAAUUUUCAGCUCUCCCUUUGCUUUGAUCACUUUUCAGGCAAUGAAUGCUGGACGCAAGUACACAGUACUGUCUUUGCUCUCGUUCAUCAUUUGGAGUUGAAUGUGAUCGCUCGCCAUUUUGGAGGGUUUCUGAUGUACUGUUUGAUGUGUGUACUUCUUUCUCUUGAUAUUGCUUUGCGGGAAAUGGGCUAGGUAGUUACCGGUGGACGCAUUAAACUGUGUUUUUCUCGGUCUUAUAUAUAGUUUUCUAGGAAGAAUGGCUAGGUUGCCUGGUAGUAGUGAGAUUACAGAGUCAAUGGAGGAUCCUGCAUCUAAAAUGAGUGAAGAUGCGCAAAUGCAUCAUCACAUGAAGUGUAUGAAAAAAUAUUGUAUUGAAGAUGAUAUUAAUAAACUGUUUGAGGCGAUAGAGAUUAGGAAUUGCAAUAGGGGUGUGAGUAAGUCGAAAAGGGGUGUCAAAGAUGUAAUGAGUAAAAGCGCGAUGAAGAGGCCAAUGAGAUCUAGCCCCUCUCGUGCAUCAGGCAUAGGAAUUUCUGAGCCUGUAAAUUUGAAGCAGGCCUUGAGAGGAUUAUGCAUCUCUCAGGCAUCAGAGCUGGCUGCCGUGAAGAAGCAAUCGUCAAACGCAUCCAAGUUGUCUACAGUCCCAGAAAUGGGGGCUGUCAAGAGACUGUACAGGGCUGUUUUGGUUGAGAGCAAAGGCCCUAAUCAUCAUGUUGAUGGAGGCGUAGGGAAUUUGAUGCAGAUAUCGCUCGUCCUAGAGAGGAGGAUGUCAGAUUCUUCAGUUAAAAGUCCUGAAUCUGAGAAUGUGCCAGCUCAAGAACAAUCUACUUUUGUCACUUGUACAACCAAUCUGCCCGAAGAUGCAAUGAAACAUAAGGCAAGUAAAAUACAAGCAGAAAGUGAGGCUUUUUGUCCGGCAAUUGAUAUUGGUUGCGAUUACCUGAAAGAAGUGUCUGGCCAGAAAAAGACAUUGGAGUUACUACAUUCUUCAACUGCCAGUUGUACUGAUAAAAUGGAAUUAGUACAAGAUCAGGUGGUUCCUGCUGUAGAUGAAGCUCGAACAGCUGCAAUUGUAGCUGACAGGGAGCACGAACGAGAUUUAAAGUUUUUGUCUCGCUCAUCUAUAUUUAGUGCAGGAAAUAAAGUCAUCAAGCCUACUUCUAGCAGCCCAAGUUUGAUGAACCCAGUUUUCAGAAGCAAAAUGUUUUCUAAGAAGAAAGUCUUAUCUGCUUUUGUCAGCAGUUCCAAGCAAUCUAAUGGUGGAAUUGAUAGUGAUUUGGCUUGUCGUACAAGUGAGUUUCCUUGUGAGACACCUGAAUAUGCUCCGAGAAAUAGUCAGAAAGAAGAGGAUAAGGAAUCUCCAGCUUCCUGUGGUGUAAGUAGCAUAGAAGUUAGUUCUUCUGCUCUGAAGUCUGGUGUUGCUAAACUAGUUGUGAGCUCAAGGAGUUGUAACAGAGAAAGAAGUAUACUUACAAAAGCUGAUGAAAGAUCGGGGUCAAAGAUAAAGGGGCAGAUGUCUCAAAGUUCGAAGAGUAGUAUUGGGGAUUAUAGCAGCACCACAAGCCUUAGCGAUGAAAGCUAUCUCAGUGGGUCUAGUCGCAGUGGUUAUCGGCCUCAUAUGUCAAAAGAUUUAAGAUGGAAAGCUAUUAUUUGUGUUCAGAAGCAGCAUGGAAACAUUGGCUUAAGGAAUUUUAAGCUGCUCAGAAAACUUGGAGGUGGGGAUAUUGGGAAUGUUUAUCUUUCUGAGCUAACGGGCACAAACUGUAUCUUUGCUGUGAAAGUUAUGGAUAAUGACCUCCUGACCAGCAAGAGGAAGAUGACGAGAGCUCAGACUGAAAAAGAAAUUCUUCAAAUACUCGAUCAUCCGUUUCUUCCUACACUCUAUGCCCAUUUUACUAAUGAGAAAUACUCGUGUUUAGUGAUGGAUUAUUGUCCAGGUGGUGAUCUGCAUGUACUCCGACAAAAACAACCAAGCAAGAAUUUCUCUGAACAAGCUGCCAGAUUUUAUGUUGCUGAAGUUCUUCUUGCAUUGGAAUACCUUCACCUGCUUGGAGUUGUCUACCGUGACUUAAAACCCGAGAAUGUAUUGGUCCGAGAAGAUGGUCAUAUCAUGCUCUCUGAUUUUGAUUUGUCUCUAAGAUGCGCUGUUAAUCCUACCUUGCUGAAAUCAUCUUCUCCUGUCAUUGAGCCUUCAAAGAAGUCUAGUCAGUGCUCAGUAUCCAGCUGCAUUGAUCCCUUCUGCUUAAAUCCAUCCUGGCAAGUAUCCUGCUUCAGCCCCAGGUUUUUAUCUGCUGCAGCAAAGACGCGUAAGCUAAAGGCUGAUCUACCUGCACAAGUCUCACCUCUACCGCAGCUUGUUGUAGAGCCAACAAAUGCUCGAUCCAACUCAUUCGUAGGAACGCACGAGUACUUGGCUCCAGAGAUUAUCAAAGGGGAAGGUCAUGGCAGUGCAGUAGAUUGGUGGACCUUCGGAAUCUUUUUGUAUGAGCUUUUAUAUGGAAGGACUCCUUUCAAAGGGCUAGCAAAUGAGAAUACACUGGCCAAUGUGGUUUCUCAAUGUCUUAAGUUUCCAGAAAGUCCUACUGUUAGUUCUCAUGCAAGAGAUUUAAUCAAAAGGUUGCUGCAGAAGGAACCUGAGAAUAGGUUAGGAGCUGUGAGAGGGGCAGCAGAAAUAAAGCAGCAUCCAUUCUUUGACGGACUCAACUGGGCGUUAAUUCGAUGCUCACCACCUCCAGAAAUACCUAGAUCCUACGACUUGGCAAAUGUCUUCCCUGAUGCAAACCAACAACAUAAGGAGAGCAGUAAGUGUCAAAAUGAGUUAAAAAAUAUAGGUGAGAUCAAUAUUGAGUUUGAGAUGUUUUAGCAAUACUGUAGGUUUGAAAAAGUAUAGGUUUGGUGUUCCAUUUUAACAUAAUGUGUGUAAUCUAAGUAACUAAUUGAUAUAGGUCAUAUAGUGUACAUGUUCCACAAUAGGUAAUGUUUCAUAAAAUUGUUGACUGUGGUAUGUAUCAAAGCAAUGCAACCUGAUGCUCAAUUGGAAUGGAAAACUGAAAUCUCUAGCAAGGUAUCAAAUUUUCCUAGUUCCUCAUUAGACAAACCGCGAUUGUUUAUAUAUUUUGUCUCGUUUUAACUUCCAUUUGCAAAUAAGUGAGAAUGUAGGUAUAAUGUAUUUGUUUCAAACAGAAAGUUAACUCUGUCAUAACUCUAAAUAUUUUUUCAACAACAAAAAAAUAAAUUAUGUCUAAAAAGAUUAGCAGAGUAUCAAGAAGAACAACCUAAUAAUUAAAGGAAAGAAAAAAAAGUGCGAGACCAACCUAAAAUUCACAAAAAUAACAACACUUCAAUCCCAAAAUUAAUUGUAUAGAUUUUUUAUAUUUAUUCUAAUUUUCAGUCUAAAUUCUAAAAUUUGCCUUUUAAAAUAAUUUCUCAUUUCUCAUAUAUCUUUAGCUUUAUUUAUUCGUACGUUACCAGAACCUUUUGUCCAAGACCAACCACCAUUGCAAACAUCCAAGGAGCUGAGUGAUGAGUUCCUUAUUGUAUACUACGCUGACUAUCCCAACAACCUCAAAAUUACCAAACUACCACUACUCUCACUCUCUGAAAUUCCCAUUUCUAACCUUUCGUCUUCCUUCUAAAUACCCAUUUCUUCAAAACUCAGACCCUCUUGUAAAAAGCCAUAAAAGACUAAUAAUCAAAGCUUCAAUGGCAUCCCAAGAAUCAAACACAGAAGCAAAUUCACAGCAGACUAAACCAUUCUCUGUCCUCUUUGUGUGUCUUGGUAACAUAUGCAGAAGCCCAGCUGCUGAAGGUGUCUUUACUGAUUUGGUCAAAAAAAGAGGACUUGAUUCCAAGUUCAAGAUUGAUUCUGCUGGUACUAUUAAUUACCAUGAGGGAAAUGAAGCUGACCCAAGAAUGAGGGCUGCUGCUAAAAGGCGUGGAAUUGCGAUAACUUCUAUAUCUAGGCCAAUUAGGCCUUCUGAUUUCAAAGAUUUUGAUCUCAUUCUUGCUAUGGAUAAGCAAAACAAAGCUGAUAUACUUGGAGCUUUGGAGAGGUGGAUCCAUAGAGAGACAUUACCAGCUGAUGCACCUGAAAAGGUUCGCUUGAUGUGUUCCUAUUGUAAGAAGCAUGAAGAAACUGAAGUUCCAGACCCUUACUAUGGUGGAGCUCAAGGUUUUGAGAAGGUACUGGAUCUGCUCGAAGAUGCUUGUGAUUCACUGUUGGAAAGCAUUGUGGCUGAGAACAAAAUUUAGGUUCAUAGGUUUAUUUUUAUCACCAGUAUUCUUACUGCCAAUUGGGCAGUUGGUUAUUCAAAGCAUAUAGUAUGCACUAUUUGCUCAUUGUUUGAACUACAGGGACUUGUAAAGCCAGAUUCCAGUAUUCUGGGUAUGCAAUGUUCUGUGUUUAUUGUUUAGAUGACUAGGUCAAGCAAAGAUCUGUACAAAUAUACAGAGGUGAAUCUUGACACUACUCAUGUACUUUGUCCUGUUGCCCACCUCUCCCCUUGGCUCGAUCAUGAAGAAGUCUUGUAGGAAAGAUGAUGCAUUAUCACAUGCCAAUUCUGCUUCAGAUCUUUGGUCAAGAGAAUUUUCGUCUUUUGCGCAUGCUAUUUUGUUCUAUAGACAUGCUGUAAAACUACUACAUCAAAAUUAAAAGAGCAAAUGUAUCUUCUUGA